AUGUUUAGAGUCUUUGGAGCCCUUACUGGGCGUGGGAACUCGAAUGCGGAGAUGACUCAGGAGGAGAAGACGAAAUAUAUCUUGAAACAGGCCCAUGAUUUUGAAAUUGCGUUACAAGCCAUGGACUAUGUUCUAGAUGACAGAGCACAGGAAGGUUUACAGUUGUUGCGAGAUAAUGAACCAAAGGAUGGGUCUGACCAGACAAUCAACGUGCUGGCUCGUGGUGUGAUUGAAUUUUUGGAGGCCACUCUUGGUUUUGAAGCUGAAGAGAUGAAGAAAGCGUCAGCUACUCUUGCCAAAGCUGAACAACUUUCGCUGAAGAGUAGGCAAAAUGCACAAAAGUUGAAUGUGCAAAGUAGCUCGCUGUACCCUCCUGGUACUGUUUAUGCUGUUACUUAUACGGAAUCAUGUUUGCUACAUGCGUUGCUGAUGUUAUUCAGUGAAAGUAUGAUGGAAGCUGCUAAGGCCCUAUUGAAGUUACGGAAGGCUUAUUCUAUGUUGCAAGAGAUUUUUGAGGCAAUAAAGAAGGCUGAGAAAACUCAAAGAUUGACUAUCACAGAAGAUCCCAAUGAAUCUCAGACUAGCUUCUCUUCAGGUGAGUCAUCUUUCAAAUCUGCAGACAUCCCUUAUAGACUAUCACCUGAGGAACAGGACAAUCGUGAUUUAUUGGAGUAUGCCGAAAAAGUCCACCAAAUGAGAAUGAAGAGGUUGUGUGGGGCUCACAUUGGUAAUUCCCCAGCUAUCAAUAGACUCAGAGAUGAACUGGGGCUAGAUGCCAUGAGAAAUCUGCCUCAGGAAGAGAUCAAGGAAUUCACCCACAUCUUUGACGACUUAGACGUCACUCAGGCUACGAUAGAUGAGUUUAUUCAUUCAGGUGUAAACCUAUGUUUUGGUAUCUUACAAGUUGUCUUGUCAUUAAUUCCACCAGCUAUUGGUGCGGUUUUGUCGAUUGUUGGUUUCCACGGUUCUAGAGACGAGGGUUUGAGACUAGUAUGGAGAGCCACGAGGCAGAGAAAUGUCCAUGGCUGUAUUGGGCUGUUGGGUUUGAUGUUUUAUUACGAUGGUCCUUUCCAAUUCACUGAUGAUGAUUUCGAUAUCCCUGCAGUAGAUACAUCGUCGCUGGAGAAGGUCAAAACUCAGGGAAGCCAAUCUACCGUGGUUGCCUUGCAGAAUACGAGAUCAUCUCGUAGUCCAUCCACAUCAUCUUUGAAAAAAAAGGCUACGAAUGAUAGUACAACCUCAUUGAGAAGGAAAGAAACGAACGGUAGCACAUACUCCUUGAAGCAACAUAGCUCAAUGCAAGACGGUGAUCUUGAUGGUCCAACUUUAUUGCAUCCUGGUAAGAUUCUUGUGGACGCCUUGUUACGAUCGAGGGCUUUAUUCCCUAACAGUGCACUAUGGUUGUUGAACGAGGCUAGAAUGCUAUCUGCAAGAGGCCGUUUAGAAGAAGCCGUGAACCUAUUGGAUUCCAUUGAUGUUCAAAGUAUCUCCAUGAGACAGGUGAAAUCCCUCCUAGUUUUUGAUCGUGCAAUCACCCUCUCUCAUUUGCAUAGGUACGAUAGAGCUGCUGAGGAUCUACUUUCAUUGACUAGUAUCAGCGAUUGGUCUCAUGCCUUUUACACUUAUUUCGCAGGUUGCUGCUACCUCGAAAACUGGAGAAUGUGCCAGCUUGGUGAGAUGAAAAGUGAUCAAGCAGAUUUCUAUAAGAAGAAGGCAGAAGAACUUAUCUUCAACGCGCCUAGCUUACUGGGCAAGAAAACUUUCAAAUCGAAAAACUUACCUUUGGAUAGGUUCAUGCUCAGAAAAGUUCAACAGUUUAAAACCAUACAAGAUGAACUUGGUUUAGUCGAUCCGUUAGAUGCAAUUGCAACCUCCCCUGUACACGAAAUCUCGUAUUUCUACAAUGGGUACAAUAGAAUGACAAAAGAAGGUCUUGAGCUUUCUAAGAGAAUGUUAACGGAGUAUCACAACCCAGCUAUUGACGCCAAGGAUGAAGAUCAGGAAAUGAUCAAAAAUUUCCUCGUCGCAUUAAGCUUGAGAAGAUUGGGCGAGGUUCAAGAGGGAUGUGACCUGAUGGAUGAGAAGCUCUUGCCCAAGAUUUUCUGGGACGAUAAUGGUAAAAUAAGAUACGUCAAAAGGACAGAGGAUCCUUGGUUAUACCCUGCAGCCCUAUAUGAGCGUGCUUUGUUCUCCUGGAAGCUUCAUGGCAUGGAUGGAUUGCGCGAGAGUAGAGAGUGGUUGGUUAGAGCACAGAAUUAUGCUGAUGAUUACGAAUUGAGCACUCGUAUCGGAAUGAAGAUCAAAGCUGCCCUUGAUAGAGUCGAACAUUCCUUGAAUGGAUGA